UCGCUCGCACACACAGACGCUGGCGUAUGGAGACAUGAACCAUGAGUGGAUCGGUAACGACUGGCUGCCUAGCCUCGGACUACCUCAGUAUCGCAGCACAUUCAUGGAGUGCCUCGUGGACGCGCGCAUGCUCGACCACCUCAGCAAGAAGGACCUGCGCGUACACCUGAAGAUGGUCGACAGUCUUCACAGAACAAGCCUACAGUAUGGUAUCAACUGCCUGAAGAGGUUGAACUAUGACAAGAAGGAGCUGGAGCGCAGGCGGGAGAACAGCGCAGCCGACAUGAAGGACGUGCUGGUGUGGACAAACGAGCGAGUCAUCAAGUGGGUGAACUCGAUCGGGCUGCGUGAGUUUGCGGGCAACCUCAGGGAGUCGGGCGUGCACGGGGCGCUCUCGGCGCUCGACGAGAGCUUCAACGCCGACAGCAUGGCGCUCGCGCUGCAGGUGCCCAAAUCAGAACGCGCAGGGUAUCGGUACCUACACCUUUGCGGUACCACUCCUUGCCGCUCGCGAUCUAGCAGCAUUAGUAAUUGCAGCGCUCUUGAGCAGCAGGCGGAGACCGCCGAGGCAUGCGGUCAUCGGUUAUUGUCUGACGGAGUACACAUGCUGCGCACGAUGGCAGCGCGAGACGCGAGGGCAUGGGUCGGCGGUAUCGUCUGCGCACUCUCGUGUGAGACAGGCGAGACGCGAGGCAUGGGUCGGUAUCGUCUGCGCACUCUCGUGUGA